GACCCUGAUGUUGUUUUCACUCAAGAUAAAGUACUUUAUUGCCUUUACUGAUUAACUGAACAUUUUCAGAUAUUUAGCUGUAAGUGCCAUAAUUCAAUAAUAUCUUCGGAAACUAUAAGCAUAUGAUGCAGAGGUAACAGACUGUAAACCUUGAAGCAUGUAAAGUCUAUGAAGCACAGGACAAUAAAACUUCUACUCAUAUCACCAGAAGGAUUCCUUUCAAAGAUUCACCACAGGACAACCAGAGAGACUAAUUUGUCUGAAGCACCAUGUGUUGAAACAGCAGAAGUCUAUUCACCUGUGCACUAACUAGAAACAGUUACCAUGUUUUCAAUUCUUUGAGCUCCAGGAAGCCAGGGGAGUGAGUUGAAAAUCUGAAAAUGCGGCCAUGGACUGGUUCCUGGCGUUGGAUUAUGCUCAUUCUUUUUGCUUGGGGGACUUUGCUAUUUUACAUAGGUGGUCAUUUGGUACGAGAUAAUGACCACCCUGAUCACUCUAGCAGAGAACUCUCCAAGAUUCUGGCAAAGCUUGAACGCUUAAAACAACAGAAUGAAGAUUUGAGGCGAAUGGCUGAAUCUCUCCGGAUACCAGAAGGCCCCAUCGAUCAGGGGCCAGCUACAGGAAGGAUACGUGUUUUAGAAGAGCAGCUUGUUAAGGCCAAAGAACAGAUUGAAAAUUACAAGAAACAAACCAGAAAUGGUCUGGGGAAGGAUCAUGAAAUCCUAAGAAGGAGGAUUGAAAAUGGAGCUAAAGAGCUCUGGUUUUUUCUACAGAGUGAAUUGAAGAAAUUAAAGAAUUUAGAAGGAAAUGAACUCCAAAGACAUGCAGAUGAAUUUCUUUUGGAUUUAGGACAUCAUGAAAGGUCUAUAAUGACGGAUCUAUACUACCUCAGUCAGACAGAUGGAGCAGGUGACUGGCGGGAAAAAGAGGCCAAAGAUCUGACAGACCUGGUCCAGCGGAGAAUAACAUAUCUUCAGAAUCCUAAGGACUGCAGCAAAGCCAAGAAGCUGGUAUGUAAUAUCAACAAAGGCUGUGGCUAUGGCUGUCAACUCCAUCAUGUGGUUUACUGUUUCAUGAUUGCAUAUGGCACCCAGCGAACACUCAUCUUGGAAUCUCAGAAUUGGCGCUAUGCUACUGGUGGUUGGGAGACUGUGUUUAGACCUGUAAGUGAGACAUGUACGGACAGAUCUGGCAUCUCCACUGGUCACUGGUCAGGUGAAGUGAAGGACAAAAAUGUUCAAGUGGUCGAGCUCCCUAUUGUAGACAGUCUUCAUCCCCGUCCUCCAUAUUUACCCUUGGCUGUACCAGAAGACCUCGCAGAUCGACUUGUACGAGUCCAUGGUGAUCCUGCAGUGUGGUGGGUGUCCCAGUUUGUCAAAUACUUGAUCCGCCCACAACCGUGGCUGGAAAAGGAAAUAGAAGAGUCCACCAAGAAGCUUGGCUUCAAACAUCCAGUUAUUGGAGUCCAUGUCAGACGCACAGACAAAGUGGGAACAGAAGCAGCCUUCCAUCCCAUUGAGGAGUACAUGGUGCAUGUUGAAGAACAUUUUCAGCUUCUCUCACGCAGAAUGCAAGUGGACAAAAAAAGAGUAUAUUUGGCCACGGAUGACCCUUCUUUAUUAAAGGAGGCAAAAACAAAGUAA